GCUUUGAGAAGCAAGAGACACCAUCCCUGGUGCCAUGCAGUCACGAUGCGUGGUUUGGAACCCGCCACCAUCACCAAGUUUCUUUGCGCUUGGCAGAUUGGGAUGGUGACGGGGACGUCGACUUCUUGUGCGGCAAGACGCAGAACGGCACCACGAUCACCUUGCAGGAGCAGCUCCCGGAUGGUUCUCUCCAAUCGCUUGAGUUGCUUCGUAGCACAAUGGCGCCAUGGCACGACAUGGACAUUGAAGUCGCUGACUGGAAUGGUGAUGGGAAGAUGGACUUGCUUCUUUGUACCGAAGAAGCUGGCUCAGCGGUUGACUUUGACGAGGAUGGGGAUGUGGACCUCUUUCUUGGGCAAAGGUACUUCGAGCGUAUCUCGAACGACACUUUGAUCGAACGUGUCGCCGAUGAGAAUCCGAUCAGCAUCUUUGAUGGAAAAAUGAAGUAUAUCAUUGACAUGGAUGGUGACGGCAGCGUCGAAGUGCUAAUGGACGGAUGGGCUAAGGGUAGACAUCAUCGCCUCCGCUACUUUCGGCGAGCUGCUGACGGCAGCUUUAUUGAGUCUCCUGAAAAUCCCUUUGCAGACAUCUCGGUCACUGUUCCAGGAGGGUACUGGGAGGACAUGUCUUUGGUUGAUUGGAAUUCUGAUGGGUUGCCAGACAUUCUGCUUUGCGGCUUCAUGGUUGACUUGGGAUAUGUUGGUGCGGGGCAUUUUGUGCGUUAUGAUCAACAUGUUCUUGACCUGGAUCUCAUUCACAAUUCUCAGAUGGACAGCUACGCGGAUAUUGACCUUGGCGGAAGACCAGAGAUGAAAUGGCUCAGCGUUGGAGACUGGAACGGAGAUGGUUUUCUAGAUGUGGUGGUGAGUGAAAAAGAAGGAAUCUUUAAGAGUGAUAUCCAGCGUGGAGAAUCGCCACAGCCCAAGUUGUAUGAGAACCGUCCUGAGACACUUGGAAAUCGUGGAAGUAUAGACUGUAUUUGUUUCCCGGAAAUUGGGGUGACACCAAUUGGGGGAAUCUAUGACCUCAGCACUGAGCACAUUGUUUUUUACUUGUUUCUUUUUGCUGCAUUGACUGAUGGUGACAUGGAUUUGAUUCUGGGCUUUCCAGAUGGUCGUCUUUUUCAGCAAGUGAACGGCACGUUGCAAGAGUGGCCACUCGAGCAAAGUCCCGUGAGAAAUUUGUUGGCUGAAUUAGAUGAGUUUAGUCGUGGUAAAUGGUGGUGGGACGAGUAUGACAUCAUCCGGGAUUGUGAUGGCGAUGGAGAUAUGGACAUGAUUCGACUCAAACCAUGGUAUGAGAAGCCCUGCUGCGUAACCUACCCCAUUAAACACCAGGGUUUGCAGGCGUGUGAGCAGACUGCAGACGGGAUGCGAUGUGACGAUGACUUCUUGUGCCUGGGAACAAACCUGAGCAAUUUCAAGGGCGACUUCGGUGAUGUAGUGACCUUCGAUUUGGGAGAUGUGUUGCAGUGGAGUGCAGGCUUUUGCACCCCCAAAGGCGCAUGCUAUGACAAGGGUUUUUGCUUGCGGCGACAGAUGAAUUGCAGCUGCAUCGCCGGGUAUGAGCUGGGUGAUUGUUCUGGCUGCGAGCCCAACUUUCACAGCCUGCCGCAGAA